AUGCUCGCCUGGGUCUUGGAAAACGAAACGACAGCCAACAUCCUCUUCUCGUCGACAGCCGCCAUCACCACUCGCUCGUUAACUCAUCCGCUGGACACGAUCAAAACUCGCAUCCAAUAUUCGCAGCAUAUUUCCUCUGGAGCGCCUGGGCUCGCAUCCUACUUACGGUCCAAUGCCAAUCUGUCGCUGUACCGAGGUCUUGGCGUCUCGUUGAUAUUCUCCGUUCCAGCCCUCACGGUGUACUUGACUACGUACGACGCCCUCAAGCAUAGGCUUGGUUCAUGGUACGGCCGUGGCGGCGGCGAGUCGAUUCUGGUGCAUGCCGCUUCGGCAGCAACAGCAGAGGGGCUCAGUGGUCUGUUGUGGACCCCCAUGGAGAUCAUGAAGAACAAGCAGCAAGUCAGUGUGCUUCGGGCUCCGUCGGCACCGGCCGAGUCGACUCUAUCUCUGGCCCGCUCCAUCUAUAGAACAGGAGGAGCUGCGGCCUUCUUCCGGGGCUAUUGGCUCAGCCUGGCCGUGUUCAUGCCAUACACGGUGAGCUAUUUUGUGACAUAUGAGCAGCUCAAGAUUGUUGCGCAUCGAGCCCUGGGCCACCCGGAUAUCUCUACCGGAUCCAAAGUGCAGAGCGGAAGCACCACGGCGCAGCCGCCUCUGCCCUUCUCUGUCUACUUGGCAUGCGCGGCAGGCUCCGGUGCGCUAGCCGGCGCCAUCAGCAACAUCGCCGACGUCGUCAAGACCCGAGUGCAAGUCGACGGCACCUCGGCCUGGACGGUGGCGCGAACAAUGUGGGUCCAGGAGGGUGGCUGGAAGGCCUUCACGAAGGGCAUGGCCGCCCGCAUCCUCUGGGUUAUGCCGAGUGUAGCCAUCACGAUCACCAUGUAUGACAUGCUAAAGGACUGGCGAGCCGGCUGGCUGGAGCAACGGCAAUCCUCGGAGAACCGAUUCAUCGACAACAGGCCUCGGCCUCUAUCCUCGACUUGA